AUGAUAUAACAAAUUCAGGAUGAUUAGAGAAUUUUAUAAGAUCCUAAUAAUUAAGUUAAUAAGAAUAAUAAAAAAAACUUAUAAGAUAACUCAGAGCUAAUAGAGUUAAUUAGGAAGAAGCUUUAAGGACAAAGAGAAGAAGUUUAAGCAUUAUAUUCAAUAAGUGAUAAUUAGCUAGAUGAAGAAAAUUAAAGGGGAUAAACUGUAGAAGACACUUCUGAAUUAAAUAGCAAAGAAAUAAAAAUUACUUAUUAUGAAAGCAAGUUAAUUGAAAAAAUUUUAACAUAUUACAAAACUGAAGCAGAAGAUUUAUUGUAGCAGCUGAAUUAAAAAGAAGAGAGUUAAAUUGAAUUGUUAUUGGAUUAAUUAUCUCUGGAAAGAUCAAAAACUUCUAAAAAUGAAAUGAAUAUUAUUGACAUAAAAGAGUAAUUAAGAGUAUUAAUGAAAAAAUAUGAGGAGAAAUUUUAAUCUCUACAUUUUAAAGUUAAAAAAAUGUUGAAGCCUUUAGAGGAUGAGUAGGAUUUUGAUGUUUAAAUUAUUUCAUGA